AUGGUAAAGCAAUACACGGCUGAAACUCGAGCGUCGUUCGAGAAGGAGAAGAAAAUGGUCAGGAGUCUCAAAGACCACGAUGGUAUUGUCCAGUGCCAUGGAGAUAUGAAGCCCGAAAAUAUCCUGUUUGUUAACGGCCAGUUCAAGCUCCGAGAUCCUGCUGAAGCUUGUAUCGAAGUGUCCACAUCCACGCAUGAUCCCCAGUCAAUGAUGAAAGGGGGAACCACUACUUAUGACAAGGAGAUUCUUGUUGCCAAUGUCGACAUGAGGACCGACGCAGGCGGUGUCGUCAAAAUAUUGGAUGACAAGAUUUAUUGGAAACGGGCAGUCAACGACGAAAUAUCUGCGGAAGUCGAAGAAUUCCUACAAUAUCUAGACGAGGAACAAACUUCGUCCCAAGUUCCGAUACGGACCAACUUCAAGAGUACAGAGCAGCUUAUCUCACAGCCCGUCGCUCCCACUGUCCAACGAUCUCGGCAACGUCUGCCUCGCACUUCGGGCUCCAGAUCGCAGUCUCUGAGACACGAUAUCACUCGACUUACAACGACACAAACCCAACAGGACCCUGACCACUGGCUACAGAGGUUUUCCAUUAUUGGCGAUAUUUUGCCCACUGAGCAUCGUGGUGUUAUUGACAUGUGGAUGGUAGAGGCUGAGUUGAACGAACUUGACAAAUCUCCUCGAGUUUCCAGGCUUUCCCCAGACUAG